GCCAGCCCAGGUCCCGCCCCUGGGAGGGCGCUUCCGGUACAGCGGAACUUCGGGUGCCGGGUGAGGCUGCUCGUGGACCUGUUCUGUGGUCUUGGAUGAGGCCCCAUGAGCGCGGCGCCCCUGGUGGGCUACAGCAGCAGCGGUUCCGAGGAUGAGUCCGAGGACGGGAGGCAGACCAGGCCGGGGGAUGGGAGCCACCGUCGUGGCCAGAGCCCCCUUCCCAGGCAGAGAUUUCCAGUACCUGACAGUGUGCUGAACAUGUUCCCGGGCACCGAGGAGGGGCCUGAAGAUGACAGCACAAAACACGGGGGACGGGUGCGCACCUUCCCCCACGAGCGGGGCAACUGGGCCACCCACGUCUAUGUACCAUAUGAAGCCAAGGAGGAGUUCCUGGAUCUGCUUGACGUGUUGCUCCCCCAUGCCCAGACAUAUGUCCCCCGCCUGGUAAGGAUGGAAGCGUUCCACCUCAGCCUGUCCCAGAGUGUGGUUCUGCGCCACCACUGGAUCCUCCCCUUUGUGCAGGCUCUGAAAGUCCGCAUGGCCUCCUUCCAGAGAUUCUUCUUUACUGCCAACCAGGUAAAGAUUUACACCAAUCAAGAGAAAACCAGGACCUUUAUUGGGCUCGAGGUCACUUCAGGGCACGCCCAGUUCCUGGACCUAGUUUCAGAGGUGGACAGAGUCAUGGAGGAAUUCGACCUCACUACUUUCUACCAGGACCCUUCUUUCCACCUCAGCCUGGCCUGGUGUGUGGGUGAUGCACGUCUCCAGCUGGAGGGGCAGUGCCUGCAGGAACUACAGGCAAUCGUGGAUGGGUUUGAAGAUGCUGAGGUGCUGCUGCGCGUGCACGUCGAGCAAGUCCGCUGCAAGUCUGGGAACAAGUUCUUCUCGAUGCCUUUGAAGUGAGCACCAGAGGUCUUCCUCCUCCAGGGCCCUCUGCAGACCAGGCUGAGAUGGAGGAACCUGCUAAAAUCAAUGGAGAUGCUUCUAGCCUCCCAGUAGGAGGUCCCAGCCAUGCCUUCAGCCUGGCAGAAAGUGUAGCUACUCCUCAUCCUCCCUGAGUGCUCGCUCUCGCUCUCUCUCUCUCUCUCUCCCCCUCUUUCUCUUCCCCUCCCUCUCUCUUCCUCUCCUCUUUCUUUCUCUCCUCUUGGCUGUUGUGGGUUGCAGGUUGGGUGCGGCUGUGUUGUGGACCUUCCCAGAAACUGCCAGUAGAGGGCAGCCUGGGCAUCCUAAUUCUUACUCUGGUUGUUAAGCAAAGAAAAUACUGGGGUCAGUGGUGAGCCCACCCACACUCGCCAGAAUCUCCACUGUAGUCCCCUAACAAACAGCCCUUCACUCCCUCUCCCACUUCAGCAAUUUGUAUUUUGAUGCCAUUGGCCUCAGAUCAGAGUGUUUUAAAUCAUCACGCCCUGGCUUAUCCCUGGCCAAGCCAGGACACGGGGUGCUUCAGUGGGUCUGUCACCCUCUCUCCUUGAAGCAUGUCGCUUUUAUUUAUUUACUUUUACUCUCACCCUGCUCCUGUGCCAGCAGGGGCUACUUCAAGGCCAAGGUCCAGGAUGAGAACUUGUGACCCAGCCUCAGUUUUCUCCACUUCUUUCUCCCGCUCACCCUAGCAAGGUGCCUGGGGAGACUUGAACAGAUGUUUCAUUUUGGCCUGGCCAGUGGCUGAAAGCCAGGCCUCCAAUGCACUGUGACCUCUGGCUUCCCCAGCAGCUUUCCCAGAGAGGCAGAGGGGCCUUUCACAGCCCGGGUUCUGCUGCUGCCUCCUGCCUGCUACAGCUGCAGCAUUCUGAGGGGCAACGUGGAGGAAGGGCCAGGGAUGCAUGGGAUUUUAACUUUUUCAUCAAACCUUCUGCGUGGCAAGGAAACAGUCAGUCCUCUUCAGGUGUCUUCUGGAUUUCUAGUGAUGGAUAGAGAAAUCUUUUUAUGUUACAGUUUUAAAUUAUGUUCAACAAAUAAAAAAUUGCAUUUUUUAUUUUGGA